GCCAAUCCCAAAGCGCCCACGCCGCCCGCGCCCAAUCCCAGCGCGCCGCGCUGAUGACUCAUCAGUCGCCGGGAAGACGCCUCGAAAAAAGGGCCCCAACUGCGCCCUCAGCCAAGCCCAGCGCGCCCCAAACCCCCCAAAACGGCGCCGCCCGGCUGGUUUUGGGCUGUCAGCAGCUGUCCGGCGCUGGGCAUGGAGCGUGUGCGGGGAGCUGGGGCCGUGCUGGCGGUGCUGGUGGUGCUGGGAGCCCCCCCGGCUGCGGGCGAGGAGCUGUCGGGGGUGUUCCAGUGGAUGGGAAAGGCCGAGUGUCACUUCAUCAACGGCACCGAGCGGGUGAGGUAUGUGGACAGGUACAUCUACAACCGGGAGCAGUACGCCCACUUCGACAGCGAUGUGGGGGUCUAUGUGGGGGACACCCCGUAUGGAGAAUUCUGGGCCAGGCAAUGGAACAGCAACCCCGUAAUUCUGGAGUACGAACGGGGUGAAGUGGACAGGCUCUGCCGGCACAACUACAAACUUGGUGCUCCUUUCAUCCUGGAGAGGAGAGUCCAUUCCCAGUCGUUCUCACUUCACUCCCACACCUCCCAACUCUCUCCCCAGUGUCCCCCCAGCCAAGCCCCUUCUCCCCCACUCUAUUCCCAGUCCCUCCCACUGCCAUCCCAGUCCCUCCCACUCCCAUCCCAAUCCCUCCCAAUGUCCUACAAGUCCUCUCCCCUCCCUCCCAGUGCCCCCCAGCUCAGCCCAGUGUCUCCCCCGUCCCUGCCAGUGCCCCCCAGCGUGUCCAUCUCGCUGGUGCUGUCGAGCUCCCAGCCCGGCCCCGGCCGCCUGCUCUGCUCUGUGAUGGAUUUCUACCCUGCGCUGGUGCAGGUGAGGUGGUUCCAGGAUGGGCAGGAGCUGCUGGAGCACGUGGUGGCCACCGACGUGGUCCCCAACGGGGACUGGAGCUGCCAGGUGCUGGUGAUGCUGGAAAUCCCCCCCCGGCGCGGGGUCACCUACAGCUGCCAGGUGGAGCACGUCAGCCUGGAGCACCCCCUGAGCCGGCACUGGGAGAUGCCACCGGACACCGUCCGCAGCAAGAUCCUGGUGGGGGUCGGGGGCUUCGUCUUGGGCUUGGUCUUCCUGGCGCUGGGGCUCGGCUUCUACCUGCGGGAGAAGGUAAAGGGGGGGUCCCCGGCGGUUUUGUCCCCCCCCUUGCCCACAGCCUUUGUGCCCGCCCUGCCCCCCACCCUGCUCUCACCCCCUUUUCUCUCCCCACAGAGCUCCUGA